AUGAAUGACAAAUUGAACAAUAACAGGAUUUUUGCUCGACAUCAUGACCAGCACUCUCUCUUGACAUCCUUGUUGAUCACUUCAUCUCCUGCAAGGAAUGGUACAAAACAAAAGGAAACCCAAAGCUUAACUUCGACCUCUUCUUCUUCUUCUUCGAGUGAAACAACCACCACUCCUCGAAAGUUAUUACGAGCGAGAACGAAGGGAUCGAGUCUGCAUGCGUUUCGUUGUUUGAAAUCUCAUCAUCGAGAAAAAGAAAGCGCAUCAUCAAAUUCUUCGUCAUCUUGUCAACCUUUGAAUCAGUUGUCAUUAUCAUCAUCAUCACAGACGAAAGAUAAUGAAGAAGAAACAAACCAACCAACACGAAUGUCAUUACAGGAUCAGCUUAAUAGCGACAACACUUGUCAUUCAGACAACCUUCUCACGAAAAACCAUAACAUCGGUGAUGUGUUUCAUCAUGUUUUGGACAGUGAAAUCUCAAGCAUUGAGAUAUCAAACAAGGAACCACAAGAAGAUCGUGUUGCUAUCAACAACCAACAACGACUACCAACUCCAAAUGUUUCCCAUCAACAAAUUGCAUUCUCAUCUUCAACAACAGAAUCGAAAGUAGCCGCACGGACAAAACUGUCGCGACUGAGUGGUGUAGAAAAUCAGACAUCUCCUGUUGAAAUUGAUCAAGAGGAUGAUUCUCCAUCUCUUCACUACUCCACUUCUUCUCAUUCUUCACAAGCAUCUGAAUCUCCGUUAUUCAACAACAACCACACAACUCAUUCCCUUGGUGGUGCGAGGUCAGACCAAAAACAGAAAUCUGCUCUCGAUAAGGUUGAUGAUGAUGAUAGGUGCAGUAAGAACGACAGCAAUGUUGACAACAACAACAACAACACCUCUACGGAAAUGUCGAACAACCAAAUAAGAAAGAAAAUGUUGGAACAUCAACCACCACUUGUUCAUCACCAACCUCUGCAGAGAGAAGAGGACUCCAUGAAUUCUUAUCACCAACACCACCAACACCACACCUUGGUGAAGGACGGCGAUUCUGAUCAGACUAGCGCGUUCUCGCUUCUUCCCAACCAAGUACAACAAACAGAAGCAUCACUUCCAGCUUCCAAUCAUCACUCCCCCACAUCACGUAAGAUCCUCCCAUUUCGCGAAGGCGCAACAAAACUUUUUCCUCAAAAAAAUAUUAGCCGAUCGGAAUUUGGGAAAGUCUGCGAUCUCGAGUAUCGGGUGAAGAAGCCUUCUUGCCAAAUCGAACAAGAAGCGAUCUCGAUGAAGGCAACAACAACAACCACAACAACGAAUGGCAAUCGUUUGGUAAGGAUGAAUAGCAAGAUACUACAACAACAAGAUGGAAGUCAUGAAGAGAGAGAUUUUCAAAGAAGAGAAUUGGAUGAAACAAAAGGUAUUGUUUUGAAACAUGUUGAAGAAGAAGAGGAAAUUCAGUUGACCGCGGCUCCUAUGAAAACAACUACUACUACUUCUGCGACAUCUGUGGUGUUGGAACAACAAUCACACGAUAACAACAAUCAUCAUCAUGGUGAUAUUCUCUCCACACUUACAGUCGUGGCAACAACAAGAAACUCAUCCACCACAAGAACAACAACAACCUCUGAUCCCUCCAUGCAACAACAACAGCAACAGCAACAGCAACAACAACAGCAACAACAACAGCAACAACAACAGCAACAACAACAGCAACAACAUGUUUGGUCCAAUCAUCCUUCCUCGAGUGCUUCAUCUCAUUUCUAUCAUCAUUACUAUUAUGGUUAUUCGCAUCCCCACUCCGAACAUCCACAUGUUAUGGUGGACAUGCAUGGAAACAACAACAACAUCACUCCCAGCACUAGCACUGACUUUGCAGCUCACACCUCAUCAUCCUCAUUGUAUUCUCGUCCUCGUCCUCCUCCUCUUAUUUCCUCUAAAUCAUCCCAUCCAUAUUAUGGCUAUGACGGGUCAUCCCAUCCUCCACAUGCAUCACUUCCUCCAUUCACGACAAUCACACAAUCCUCCAAAAUGCAGCAGCAUGGUCAUGAAGCAGUACCCACAGAGGAGCAACACAUGCCUUCCACGGACUCUAAUCUCACUGCUGCUGAUGCUUCUGAACAUGUGAAUCUUCAUGCAUCGUCUGCAGUAAAAACAACAACAACUCUUCCACCAUUGAGUUCCAUCAUUGGUAGUGGUGGUGUCGCUUCUACUACUAGUACUACUUCUGAAACCAAUCAUCAUGUAAAGAUAGGAUCCGACCCAUCUCCUUCUUCUUCUGUGGACCACAUGUUGUUGCUGACCUCUCCACCACAUGUCCAUGCAUCUCAGACCAACACUAGCAUGCAUGAUCACGACGAACAUGCAACACACAACAGGACGACUAGUACACAUGCUUCUUCCUCCGCCAAUGAUUCUUCUUCGAAUUUGGAAAAAACGAAUUCGGCAUGUCGUCAUUACGGUCAUGCAUCGAAUGUUGAUUUCAGUACGACAACAGAAAUGACUGAGACAUCAAGAUCACCUCAUCCUGUCCAACAACGACCACACGUAUCACCUCUUACGAAUUUGGAUUCUUCAGAACAUGCUCGAUCCAUGCAUGAGGAGUCUCCUCUUCGUCAUGCAUUCAGUCAAGAUCACCAACUUCUUGACAGAAAGACUCAUGCGACAACCACUAGUAGUUCAAGUAUAAGUUCUGCUAGUAAUACUCUUUUGACAUCAAUAUCAUCCUCUUCUUCCUCGUUGCAUCAUCCCUAUGCUCAUUAUUAUGACUAUUAUCCUCCUCCUCCUCAUUACUAUCCUUCCUAUCCUUAUCAUGCAACACCGUAUCCUCCUCCUCCUCCUUCUUCUUCUUCUUCGUAUUCAUCGUAUCCUCCUCCUCCCUCGCCUUAUUAUUCUGCAUCAUCAUCUUCAACUCCUCCAUCAGCUCAGCAUUUUCCUCCUCCAUCUUCACAUUAUUAUCCUUAUGACCCCAGAUAUGCGUAUCCACCAUCAACCACUUUUCCUCCUUCUCAUCCUCAUUAUGGAUAUCCACCGCCACCACCCCAUCAUCAUUCGACUUUGAAUUCCUAUCAUCCGUAUCCGUAUUUAACAUCACCAUCUCAAGCGCCGUCGUCCAAUAUGUCCACGCAUUCAUCCUCACAUGCAACAUCAGUCACAAUGGAUGCCACUCAUCCUGUUGUGGAAUCUUUAGAAUUAUCAAAGGUGAAUUAUGUCACAAGCUCAGAUUCAACCAAUGUCACAUCAUCAAGAGCCAAUCACAAUUAUUCAUCCAAAGUACAAGAACAUGCAAUGAAUCAUACUAGUCAAUUAUCAAUAAUCUCAAACUCUAGCAGUAGUGGAACUCUCUCAUCUUCAUCAUCCACUUUAUCGCCACCAAAAACUCUCGAAUCGACUACUACUUGUUCCUCAAAUCAAGCUUCCAUGACGAAUGUGACUGCAACUCAUGGUUCUCUCUCAAAUACACUUGCAUCAAACUCAAUCACUCGCUCUUAUUCAUUGAGUAGUAGCACGAAUCAUGCAUUUUCCACACCAUCAUCAUCAUCACCACACUACCAAGCAACCACUCCUCCCAAUGGACGAAAGAAAUUUCCUUCCGCUCUUUUCAUAGAUCCCAACAUGGAUCCAAUGAUUGCAGGAAAGAGAGCCUAUGAAGAAUAUCUUGCCAAUGAAGAACGAAAGAAAAACAAGAAGAGAGCUGAACGUGAAGAGAAACGUCUCAAGUACAAUUUAGAACGAAAUAAUAUUAUUUUACCAAAACAAGUAGAAUCUAAUAUUCAACAACAAUUUGAGAAUAAGAGAUUUGAGUCACUCAUUGAUCCGUGUCCCACAAAAAACGAUACUCUCGAGUUAAUUCAUGGCUUGAAGGAAAACGCCGAGUAUCGACUUGGAGAAAAGUUACCCACACAAACCUUACGAAUUACUUGUGAAAAGUUUAAAAUGCAUCGAUUUGGAAGGUUGUCUGUUUGUUUACUAGGAAGAGGAGUAAAAAUUGACAGCAACAAGAGACGAUUUAUUUGUGACCUGACAGAUAUUGCUGUCUCUUUAAGUACAGCUGCUCACGGAAUUGUCAAUGUGAAAGACCUUGUUCUGAACAAACCCAGUCACAAGUAUGGAAAAAUGCUCUAUCUUCGAUAUUCUCUAAUUGUGGAUGAUAAGGUCGUUUCUUCUGUGGAUUCUCUUGGUUUUACUACCAUUACACAACGAGGUAUUCAGAAACGAAAUCAAAAAAUGUUGGAAAGGAGUUUACAGAAACAGAAACUGCAACAACAACCAUCUUCUUCACCACAACAACAACAACAACAGGAUGCAUCAUUACAACAAAAGCAACAAGAGGAUGAAGAAGACGAAGAUGACGACGAAGACGAGGAUGAAGAAUAA